CUCAAACUUGCAUUUUCUGGAUAGACAUAUGUUUUUGAACAUUUUCUAUGAAGAACCCACUUUCUCUGUUUGGGUGAAAAGUGUGCUGUAAUUUUCCAGGCCACCUGCAAAAGACCUCUUUUUGAAGAGGACUUCUGCAGCUAGCCAAAGGGAGGGAAGAGAGGGGCAUUUCACAGCUGAAUUACCCUGUGGCUGACUAUUUUUAUGCGUUUUAGACUUAAUUGUCCUUAAGGUGCCUCAGUCCUAAUAUGGACAUUAUUUACUCUUUUAAAUAUAAAUAAAAUAAAUUUUCAUGGCUAUGAAAGUUGGAAAUAACAACCAAAAUUUGAACUUGCACCCAGCAUCCUGCUUCUUGGUUUUAUUUGACAGCUUAAAAGAAGCAAGUGCAUGCUGUUGCAUUCCAAUAACAUUUAUCUCAAGAGCUGUAAUCAAUGCUUGUUUUGUUACGUUCAUCAUGUUGUAUACCAGGUAUUGAUUUUAAAGUGAAGCCAAUAAUGUUUAACGAUAGAAGAGUGAAACUUCAAAUAUGGGAUACUGCUGGCCAGGAACGGUUCCAUACACUUAGUACCAGCUAUUUCCGUGGUGCACAAGGCUUUGUUCUCGUAUAUGACAUCACAAAUAUGAAGAGUUUUCAAAGUAUAACAAUCUGGAUGAACGACAUAUACGAGAAAGCAGGUGAUGAAGUGGACGUAAUACUGUUGGGCAACAAGUGUGAUAAGGAGUCAGAACGGGUAGUUCCAAAACAGAAAGGAGAAAAGCUUGCUUGGGAAUAUGGAAUGCCAUUUUUUGAGACCAGCGCUAAAGAAAAUGUGAAUAUUGAGCACGCAUUUUCAGUCUUGACUAAGGAAAUCCUGGAAAAGAAAUCCUGUGUAUUACAUGACUUAGACGUUGUGUCUCUAAAUGAAACUAAGAAGAAAACCUGCUGUGCAUUCUGAAAUACUGUUUCUUAUUCCGUUUUCUCUUCAGGAAAUAUCAAGUGUUACAAAGGAACAUACACGAUUUUUAAAAUGAGCCUGUAAUCCAAAGCCACAGUGUUUAGUCAUCCUUUGUAUUACACAGACUUUGUCACCAAAUUUUUUUAUAUGUUUAUAUUGUAUUUUCAUAUUUUUAAUGUGAAGAUAAAACAGUUAUCUGAUUUUGGAAUUAUAAGAUGCAUCACAGGGUGACAGUGCUUGAAUGCAAAUGUUUGUAGAAGUCUGAUUGUACUAACUUUCUGUUAUUAAAAAAACACCCUUCAUUUUU